UUAAGUCAGCAACUGAUAUUUUACGAAUUUUCUGGUCCGUAUUGAAAAAUGAAAAUUUCAUUCAAUUACUUCACUUUCACGGUCUCUACACGGCAGUUUAGACUUUAGAAUUAGUGUCGUGAGCGGCGGAGACUGGCCCUGAAAACGGGGUGCGGUUAAUCCGUUUUUCCGUUCAAUUCCGGCUUCCAAUCGCAACCCUAAACCCAAAUUCCUUUUCAGAGAUGAACCAACAAGAACAAGAACAUCCCAAAUUCUUCCUCAAUUAUUGGGGCAACAUCCCUGAGGAAGAUUAUUUCGCAUCUCAACGAAUCAAAGCCUCCAAAUCCUUCUACACUUCCCCUCGCGGCCUCAAGCUCUUCACUCGUUCAUGGCUUCCUCUUCCUCCCACCCCUCCUCGAGCUCUCAUCUUCAUGGUCCAUGGCUAUGGCAACAACAUCAGCUGGACCUUCCAAGCCACUUCCAUCUUCCUCGCUCAGAUGGGUUUCGCUUGUUUUGCUCUUGACCUCGAAGGUCAUGGCAAAUCUCAAGGCCUCAAAGCCUUCGUUCCCAAUGUCGACUCCGUCGUUCACGAUUGUCUCUCCUUCUUCAAUUUCCUCAAACUCGACCCCCAAUUUCAAGGUCUACCUUCUUUUCUCUACGGCGAGUCAAUGGGCGGUGCAAUUUGCUUGCUGAUUCAUUUCGCUGAUCCGAAAGCGUUUGAUGGUGCCGUUCUCGUCGCACCCAUGUGCAAAAUCUCUGAUAAUGUGAAACCCCAUUGGCCGAUUCCUCAAUUUCUUACGGCGGUUGCAAAAAUUUUUCCCACUUUGGCGAUUGUUCCGACGGCGGAUCUGUUGGAUAAAUCCGUCAAGGUAGAAGAGAAGAAAAUUGUGGCGGAGAUGAAUCCGAUGAGGUAUAGGGGAAAACCCAGAUUGGGAACGGUGGUGGAGCUUCUUAGAGUAACAGAGUAUUUGAGCCAAAGGCUGAAGGAUGUGAGUCUGCCAUUCAUCGUCCUCCAUGGAAAUGCGGAUGUUGUUACAGAUCCGAAUGUGAGCAAGACUUUAUAUGAAGAGGCGAAGAGUGAGGACAAGACGAUCAAGAUUUAUGAGGGAAUGAUGCAUUCAAUGUUGUAUGGGGAAACUGAUGAGAAUGUAGAAAUUGUUCGAAAUGAUAUUCUUUCUUGGUUGAAUGAAAGAUGCAGGACAGGACAAAUGUAGAUGAUGAUCGGAAUUGGUUACAUAGUGGAUUUGAAAUUGUUUGGUUAUUUAAAUUAUGUUUACUUUCUUGAUUUUGUGCAUAUCCAAAUGUCUUUUGCUUUCGAGAAUUAAGAGUUCUGUUCUGGGAAUUUUAGUUGCAUUUGAUUAUUACAUUAUUUGUAGAAAGGAUAUGAUGAAAGCUUUAACUAAGGCUUGUGGUUCUGAUGACUGGAGAUUUUUUGUUCAUUCUACAAUGAGUUCGAUUGCUCUGCAUUUUUCGUUUGUAAA